CCUAUUACAGAAAUGCAGGUUAUUAUUUUAGUAUCAAAAAAAUAUGAUCAAUGUAGAUAUAGCGAAUCUUUUACAGAAAUAUGCAUUUUUACUGGUAUAGAUCUCACUAAUAUGUAUUGUAAUCUGAAAUUGCAGUAG